AUGCCCCUCAAACUCAUCAACCCGCUGCUGCCUGUAGUGAAACCCCUACAGUGCUGCUCUGCACGUUGGAGUGCCUUGGCUGGUGUGGCUCUUAGCGUCUCACCAGAGAACGAGGUAAUGCGGCUUAUUAAGGGUGAACUUUUCUUCAAUUUUCAAAAAGAAAUGACUGUAGGAGAAGACUUUAGCGCGCGAUUUCAGAGGAAGCACCAGAACAUUUGCGGUGGUUCGGUGGCGGUGGCAGUCCGCUGUCUGUCGGGUGCGGAUCUUCUUGAAGGCACAAUGGCUUGCAGCUGUAUGAAGCCGAACUACAAGGGCCCCGGGGUGGGCAUUUGGGCCCUUGCCCUGGCGUUUGAGUUUGCUGUAGGCGCACUGAUGAUCUUCUUGGGGUCGGACUCCGUACCCGAAAUAACAGACAAUAUGAAUGGCUUUGAUGCCUCUAUAACGGAUGCAAUCGCACAAGGAGGCGCAGCGAAUGCUGUGUAUAUAAUGGGGUGGCUGCAUUUGUUGCUUGCUGCUGCAUGCAGUGUGUUCGUGACGUUGGGGCUGUUCGUAUGCGGCAUUUUUAUGUGCCCUCUCUGCAUAUUUGGUUGGAUACAAACAUUUUACUGCGCUGUCUGCACACUUGUUACGGGCAUUUACCUCCGCAAGUACUUGGAUAAGCUCCCCCUCUCCGCAGACACUAUAAUAGAUCUACCUUCGGAUUCUAACGAUGUAUUUGUUGCACAAACAGGAGAUGUUUUCUUCGCUCAACUCAACAGCGGAGGCCUUCUUGCUGCCUGUGUUCUUUCCUUUGUCGCGGGUGUUCUCCUUGCAAGAGCUUCGAGGGUUAGCAGCGGCGAAUCUGUUCCAGGAACGUCAAUGAUGGUUCAAAGCAUGGGUCUGUUUGCUGCAAUUGGUGCAUUGCUUGGUGCUGGAGGGGGGGGUGUUGCGCCUACUCCGAUAAUGACGACACUGUGGAUAGUGCUUACAGUUGCUGGGGCUAUAUUAAUGAACAUUCGUGCUUGUUGUUGCACAAAGAUAUGCAAUAUAUUGAUGGUAGCUCUGUUUGGGGUUGGCUGCGCAUUAGCUGUUAUUACUAUGAUUUUCUUCUCUUAUAUCUACACUUCUGUCUUAGACGACCCUCAAAAGAAUGCAGAUUAUUCUCAAUUGUUUGUCGUCAUGGAGAGAGGGACAGGAGUUAUUCUUGUUUCUGUUCUUUCUCUCGCUGCUGCAGUUAUGUCUUUCUUAGCUGCAGUGUACUCAGCCAGGUCGUUGCUCUGCUGCGGGGGGGGUGUAACGGAGUAA